AUGUGGUGGGGCAAAGGUUCAGACAAGCCGAAGGACUCGGUCCCGGAGCAGGCAAAGGAGGUUGCCAAGGAAGUCAAGGAAGCCGCCAAGGACUUUGACAAAGACAAACUGCCGGACCGGCGACAGCUCCCCAAGAAGCUGCAGCAGAUCGUCGACAAGGAGGACAAGCAGGAGAACUUCUACAAUGAGAUCGUGGAGGGCUACGCCCCGCCGUCCACCGACUCCAACGUCCGCUAUGCCGCCUACGCCUCGCGGCUGCGCACCAUCCUCCUCUCCGCCCACCGCUACGUGGCCUACACCUCGGACAUCGGCGAGUCCUUCCGCCCCGUCGCGCACCCGUACCUCGUCCGCGGCGCCUACGGCAUCUCGUGGGCCUACAUCCUCGGCGACGUCUCGUACGAGGGCUACAAGGCCUACUGGAGCAACAGGCGCAAGCUCGACCCGUCCCUGCAGCUGACGCCCCUGCAGCAGAGGGCCGUCGGCCUCGAGGCGGCCGACCCCCUGCCCGCCCCCGGCCCCGGCGACGCCGCGCAGGCCCUGCAGCAGCAGCCGGGCGUCGUGGCGCCGCUCGAGGACUGGCGCACCGUGGUGGUGCAGCGCGCCAUCUUCCAGAGCGUGGCGAGCAUGGGCCUGCCCGCGCUCACCAUCCACAGCGUCGUGCGCUACUCUGGCCGGGCCAUGAAGAACCUCAAGAACAAGACGGUGCGGACGUGGGGCCCCAUCGGCCUGGGCCUGGCCGUCGUGCCCCUCUUGCCCUCUCUCUUCGAUAAGCCCGUCGAGAACACGGUCGAGUGGGUGUUCCACAAGGGCUUCGAGACGUUCGGCGGCCACUCUGCCGUGGGCGACAACCCCAAGACUGGCAGGGAGAAGGAGCUGGGCAAGAAGCCGCCCAAGGAGAAGGAGUUGUAA